ACGUGACGCAGGACUUCACUACAAGCUUAACGAACCUCAGGUGUGCGUCACAAACAUCACGUCGCGUUCGUAAAAUAGCACAAAUAUAAAGGAAAACAAGACUUGGGGAAUUCAACGUUCAAACUAAAAGUCUUGGUGAUUUGAGGAAAAGUAUUAAGAAGGGGGACGACCCCUUUUGUUGAAGAUGACAUGCGCAAAUGUGAUGACGAGGUUGGGCACGCCGGUUUCAGUAAUGUCUAUGGACAUGGCCAUGAGCUUUAGGUGCAGAAGCUCUCCGCAGCACCUCAGCCACCUGAUCGGGGUGUCCUCCCCUAAACCCCUGCGGCCCUGCAUCACCCAUCACCCGGCAUUUGAGUACAAACAUACUCGUAUUACUACAACCAACACCGGUCGAAGAGAGAAACGCGUCGCGUUCGCGGAUUCCAAAGGACUUUCCCUGAUCACCGUGCGCCUGUUCUCUGAGAAAUACGAGAAACUUGAACCCGUAAAACAGCCACGACUCUGGAAAUUAAACUGCGUUAAAGAAACCGUAAAUGAAACCUUACGGUUGCGUUUGGGCUUUGAGCAACCCUGCUUAGAUUUCCAGGCGUUCAGAUGUCGCCUGCGGGAACGCAUGGUGCUUUUGGAGAGCUGCAAGGUGACCAGACGCUCCAUCCUGGGAACCGUGCGCGUCAGGAAUAUCUGCUUUGAGAAAGCGGUUCAUAUCCGUGUUACUUUCGACGCUUGGCACAGUUACUUGGACGUGCCGUGUACUUACCUGGAUCAGUGCUAUGGGGAACCGGGGACCGACGUGUUCGAGUUUAACGUGACUGUUCCUGAGCAGUUGGACACGGGAGGACGGACCGAGUUUUGCGUGUCUUAUUUGCCCGGUGGAUUCAGUGCUGCUGAAUGGGAUAAUAAUAAUGGCAAAAACUACUGCAUUCAUGUUUGUGAUGCGUAAGUAUUAAAACGAGCUACGGGAUUUUUGCAUUGUGAACUUUUAACCUGCUGUCUUAACAACUAGACGUUAUCUGUGUAUGAACCAACUUGUUUGCACGUGUUUCACAAUGUGAACUUUUACUAGUGAGUGAAAUGUGUGGUGUAAUCUUAUAUUUCACAAAUCACACUUUCAAGAAAUGUCUUUUUAGGAGUUUGCCGUUAUUUUGUACGAUUUGGCACUUUACAAAUGGUUUAUGAAUUGUUGAAUACUAAGACUGUCAUUUUAAUAUUUUAUGUAAAAUGUUUUAUCAAAUAAAUGCCAUUUAUGUAAUAAAGCCUCCCUUUUUCUUAUAGAAUCUAUCAACAAUUUCUUUCUUUCUUUCUUUCUUUCUUUCUUUCUUUCUUUCUUUCUUUCUUUCUUUCUUUCUUUCUUUCUUUCUUUCUUUCUUUCAAUACUUGGGCUGAAUGUUACUUUUCUCUUGGACGAUACUCCUACCACAAUAUUUAAUCUGAAAAUAUCAUGGUUAGUUUUGAAAAUAAGAAUCCACAAUAACAAUGCAGUAUGCAUGCUUUCCUGUGGCUCCGUGGUUGGAGCAUGGUGCUAACGCCAAGGUCAUGGGUUUGAUCCCAGGGGAAUGCACAUAGUCAGAAACAAAAUGUAGUACAAUGCAAUGUAAGUCGCUCUGGAUGAAAGCGUCUGCCAAAUGUGUAAAUGUAAGUAAAUUCUGCUAUCAGUAGCUGAGAGAUGAGCAUUGGUUUAGUCUGAUUACGAAUGGGCUGUUUAAUCUUCGUAUUGAUCAGAUGAUGUGUGACCGAGAAGGGACUACACGCCUUUGCUUAUCGAUUUUUACAAUUGUGAUUUUGGCAUG